AUGGCUAAUAAUUACGAAAGACUUGAUGCUCGUUUAAUUGAUGGUAGUGAUAAUAACGUUAUAUAUCCGACCGCCGGAACUACGCAGCAACCUUUUUUAAGAGCCAUUAGUUCUACAAACUUUAAUCAGGAUUCUUCUCCUGUAACAUCUCCAACUGAUUUUCUUGGUCUAAACCCGAAUGGGUCAACAACUAUUAAAUGUACCGAUAAAGUACCCACUGGCAUGUACCCCAUGCCACGAUGUAUAUCAAAUAUAAUGUGCAGUUAUCAUACUCAACUUUAUGAUGUUAAUACAUUAUCAAGCUAUCGUUCCUUCAGGCGGACUAGUCAUUUUGUUACCUUUUUUGGCCAAUAUAUUGUUGCCGACAUCACGAUAUCGAGAAGCUCGAAUCCAACAUAUCCGGUAUUCUUACCGGCGGAUGAUCCGUUGUAUAAUCCAAUCCCAAAUUCUACUGUGUCUCCGUACCAAAUUAAUGUACCUUUUUUACCGGCUAAUCGAUCUGAUGGUAAUAAUGAUACUAAUCCGACAACGCGAAAUCCACUUCUUAGUGGAGAAAAUCUUGUCACCCCUUUUCUUGAUUUAAAUAAUAUUUAUGGUAUUAGCGAUCAAGAUGCGAUUGGCAGACUUCGUGAUACUUCAUCCAAUAGGGGGAAAUUAAAGACCUCUAUAAUUAAUGGAGAGCAUUAUCCUCCAAAAAAUGCAUCUAAUGGAAAAUAUAUUUGGGGUUCUACUUCGGAUCGCUCAUAUAAUAUAUUUGUUUUGGCUAUUCAGACAAUUUGGAUACGAGAACAUAACCGAUUGUGUGAUGAAUUAUACCAAAAAUAUGGUAAUUCCUGGACUGAUGAGCAAUAUUUUCAAGAAGCAAGGCGUUGGGUUAUCGCUUUCUUUCAAAAGACAGUUGCUGAAGAAUAUAUUGGCGCUGUUCUUGGUCGCCCUUUACCAGUCUACCAGAAAUAUAAUCCUAAUCUUAAGCCAGGAAUUGAUACGUUCUUUUCAACUGUCACAUUCCGAUACGGUCAUAGUGAAUUAAGAAUUCAAGAUGAAUAUGGUGAUACCCUUUAUGAUUUGGUUUUGAAUGAUCUUAAAAAUCUCACACUUUUAGAACAACUUGGUCUAGAAAGAGUACUUUGGUCAUUAGUUCUUCAACGUCAGGAAGAAGUUGAUAUUUUCCUUUCAGAUUCGACUAAAAAAUAUAUUGCCCCUGACCUCGUUACUUAUGAUAUAGCAGCUUUUGACAUCUUGAGAAGUAGAGAUCGUGGUAUUCCUUUAUAUAAUGUAGUACGACAAUAUUUUGGGUUUCCUAAAGCUAAGUCAUUUGCUGAUAUUUCUACAAACCAUAAUGUUCAAGCAAACUUGGCCAAAAUCUACCCAAAUGGUGUUGAUUCAGUAGAGGCAUGGGUUGGCGUAAUGAGUGAAGACCAUUUAAAUGGUUCAAAUUUUGGUAUGGUCAUGAAUGCAAGUAUGGUAACACAGAAUCCUGAUAUGUUUAAUUCAGAUGAACAAAAAAUUAUAAGAAAUACAACUUUCCGAGACAUUAUUAUUCGUAAUCUUAAUAAGAGUGUAAACUUUCCACAAAAUAUUUGGGCUGUUCAACCUCAAAUGAAACUUAAUAAUAGCGAUGAUGACAAUUAUCCAAAUAAGAUUAGUAGUUGGACACAAUAUAUUAUAAGUUAUAGGAUUGAUUUAGCAUAUGUGUACUUUAAAGUUCAACUUCAAACAUCUGACGGUAAUGGAUGGUUCGGAAUGGGGUUUGGUCCUGAUGAUGACGGAAUGAAAGGAGCAGAAUUUAUUAUUGGCAUUGUUACUAAUGGAAAUGUCACAUUAGAAAAUUAUUAUGCUGAUGUGGGUGGUUAUCACCCUCCUCUUCGCGAUUCUAAUCAAGACCCCGAUCUUGUACCAAAGUUCUCUAUGUCUGAUAGUAAAGCUGUAACCGUAGAGUUUAAAAGACUUCUCCGUCCUCCAGGAAGAAAACCAAUUACAAAUGAUGAUAUGAAAUGUCAUUUUAAUAUGUACCUCAAAAUUCAUAAAUUUAUACAAUUGGUGGGUGGUAUUUCAAUUUCAGCAUUCGGAUUUGCUGCUAUAUCUACGGUGAUAAAAACGCAAACACCACAUGCAUGGAUGGGGUUGUUUAUAUUUGCUAUUUCAUUUAUUGAAAUAGGCCUUGGAUUAAUUGCUGUAUGGGGACAAACAUCUGUGAUAUCAGUUAAUAAGGAAUUGAUACCUUUUGUCUUUCCUAUGGCUAAUAAGGCAAUUAUUGAACGAAAAGUUAUGAUGCAUGCUUAUAUCAAUUAUGAAGAUUACGCUAAAUUACCUGAAUUUACUUGGGAAGAAAUCAAUGAGAGAGUUCAACGUGGGGCUUAUUUGGUCGUUUGCGACGGACUGGUGGUGGAUAUUCUUGAUUGGACUUAUUCGCAUCCAGGAGGUAGAAAAAUAUUAGUAAAUGUUAUUGGAACAGAUAUUACGGAUGAUUUUUACAACACACACCAAAACACACAAAUUUCUGAAGAAAUAGAUUCCCCAGAAGCUUUACUUAUUCCAAAGGAUAAUUUUUCUGGAAAUUUUUCGUCUGUGCUUACAAAAUAUAUAAGCCACCUUCAAAGAGAACAAAUUCCUCAAAAAUUAUCUACAAUUCCCAAAUUAAUUGAUAACAUUAACAAAAUGUAUUAUCUAAAGGCACCGUUAGCACAACAUACUCAUAGUAGAUUUGCUACUCAAAAAAUGGCAUCAAUGGUAAUAGGCAAAGUGGUUGAAAAACCUUUGGCCCAAAAUGAUAAAAGCACUUUUUCAGAAAUUCAUGAAAGCGAGAAGAGUUCUGUUGAAUAUAAUAAAACAUCUACAAGUACAAUCAAAAAUAUUCAAUUUCAUCGUUAUAAGCUUACAAGUAAAGUAAUGGUCAAUGCAAAUAUCAAAUAUCCUGUAAUAAGGUUUACAUUUUCUAGAGUGCAUCAGGAUAAGAAAAAUGUUAACAAUCAAAAAUUUUUACCCGGGGAUUAUAUUGAGAUGCAAUCUAGAGUAAAAGGCCAGAAUGUGAUCAGGAGUUAUACUCCCAUACAAGGCAGCUUAUUUAAAUCAUUUUCAAUUUAUGUUAAAAUUUAUCCUUACGGGCUCUUUUCUCAACAUUUGAAUGAACAGUUAAUAGGAUAUGAAAUUCAAGUUCGUGGUCCAUUUGACGUUUAUAAUAGACCUAAACCAUGCCUUAUGUCAUUAAAUUCAACACAAUACUUUAAUUGGGGUGCGGGCUUUUUUUCUCCCAUGAGUCCUUACAAUAUACCUAUUGGACCACCCAGAAUUUCGUCUCCUAUGAAAACUUCUCUAUUAAACCCAAAUAGUUCGGAUGGCUGCUGGAAUGAAUUAUACAUGAUUGCCGCAGAACGAAAUAAUGACUUUGAACAAAAUGUUAAUUCUAAACGAAUGCAUUUAUUAUUUGGAAAUCGUAAAAUUGAAGAUAUUAUUGAUGGUAUAUUACUUGAAGAUCUGGCACUUUCAAGCAGGGGACAAUUUACUGUAACGUACUGUCUUUCAGAUCCACCUUCAGAUUGGGUUGGUUUUGAAGGGAAAAUCAGCCAACAAGUAAUACAAAACUGGAUGAAUAUAAUGCGGGGUGAAAACAUGUCUCAACCAUGCUCAGAGAGUAAUGAUUAUACACAUAUUCAAGAUCAUUAUAUACUCUAUAACUCAAACGAACAUAAUAAAAGCCCUUCACCGGAGAUCAGUUCUAGGUCACAAUCACCAUGUGAAAUUUCGCAGAAUUCGCCGCUUUUAUCCUAUAGAACAACGGAUGCACAAAGUUCUGAAGUAGAACCAAAAUCAAGAAAAAUAAAUGCAUCAACGGAAAGAUCGAGAAUACCUAAAAAAAUUAAUCUGGAUUUAGUAGCUCCUAUGAAAUGGAAUAAUGUAAUGCAAGGGAAGAUUUUUGUUUGCGGACCAACUAGCAUGAUGAUUGCUGUUGAAAAAGCUUUGCUUAAUAUGGGAUAUAAUGAACAAAAUAUUACUACGUUAUAUUAG